UCUCGCUCUCCUCUCCCUCCUCUCUCUCGCCAACUAGAAGGAUGCCGAGGGGCGCGGAGCGCGCAAUGCUGGGGUGCUUCCAUGUCCCGCGGCGGCCGUCGCUGUCGUACGAGGAGGGGUCCACGUCGGCGCCGUCGACGUCGGCCUCGCCGCCGACGUCCUCGGCGUCCACGUCGUCCCCGGCCUUCCUCGACGACGACGAAGCGCUGUACCUGGACGACGCCGAGCCGGAGCCCGACGCGGGCGGGCUGUCCACGGCCAUCGCCGCCCGCCGCUUCUUCCUCGCGUCCCCCGGCCGGUCCAACUCCAUCGUCGACUCCGCCGAGCACCCGCCGGCCGCGCGCCUCGCCCGGGACGACAGCGCCUCCAACGUCCGCGCGCUGCGCCGAGCGGCCACCUCCGCGUUCCCCGCGCCCGCUGCCGCGGCUUCCUCCUCGGCCACCAGGCCGCCCUUCGGAGACGACGACGACAUGCGGCCGGUGCGGAAGGUCUCGCUGUCCACGGACGCGCCCCGCGCCGACUUCCUCAAGUCCAUGGUGGAGAUGGUGGAGGCGCUGGGGCUGGACCCGCGCCGCCGCGACGCCGACCUGGCCCGCCUGCACGACCUGCUGCUCUGCUACAUCGCGCUCAACGAGCGCGACGCGCUCAGGGACAUCCUCGGCGCGUUCGCCGACCUCAUGUGCCUCCUCGACGCCGGCAAGCAGGAUGCGGCUGCAACCGCGACAGCCGCCGCCGGCGGGCAGAAGCGCGACGCCGAGGUGCAGGAUCGGACGGCGCGGGGGUAGGCAUGUAGAUACCGGCACGCGGGCGCAGCUGCGGCGGCGAGCGGUGAUCGUGUAGGGAGAGUAGAAAGGCGCUUGAGGUCGUGAGCGUGACAACGAACAGGCCAACUGGCUGUUGGUGCGUUGUGCUGCCUGCCGGCUUCUUGUUCCUCAAAAAGAAAUAGUAAUAGUCUAUAUUUGUUAAUGGGUGUGUGAGUGAGGCUUUUCUAGAUUAAUGCUAACUGAGGUAUGGGGUCGAGUCGUGACCAUUGUAUGCUAACUCAGGGAGCAAGUAUUAAAAGCGUAUAGAGCUUAAA